UGUUCAUUAGUCACUCGUGUAUCCGGCGCGGGAGUAAGUCGCGCGCUUUGCACUCCUUAAUUUCGAAACAGAUAUAUCGCAGAUGUCUAUUUGCAAACUUAAUGGCACAGAUAAGGGUAUCUUUAUCUCGUCAUUGUUCUCAUUAAACCUAUAAGUGCUUGUGAGAAACGUCUUAAUUAAUACAGCAAGAUUCGUGAACUCUUUUAUUUGAGUAUAUUGUAUGUGGUUAUUUGAUUUUAAUAUCCUUAUGAAUUCCAACAACAAAUGAUUUGUCUUUAAGUAUGUGAAUCACUACAUCGUUUUGUGUUGUUUCGAGAAAAUUGGAGUCAAACCACGACUAUAGAAUUAGAUCUGAAAAAGAAAACAAAAAAUGUACAUAAAACGAACGAGUUUAUUGCUGGCAAGCGUGUGGGCGAGCCUGUUGGUCGUGUGUUUUACGCAACACGCAGAGCAGCUGCUUGCCCAGAAUCCUUGCUCGAGUAAAACGACCUGUAGCGAAUGCGCUCGGACUCCCAGCUGUGCGUGGUGCUUCGCCACCGACUUCAAUGGACCUCGAUGUUUUAAUCCCGCAAUGGAAGGCGGUACCGGUGGUUGCGAUGAAGCCUACAUUUUCAAUCCCGACAAUCAGCUGUUUGUCGACCCUGCAUAUAACAGAGACUUGAGUAGAGCAAAGGGUCGCAUGGGAAUGGCAACAGGCUCGGCAACUUACGAAGAGUCAAUGAGCUCUAAGGGAAGUUCAUUUGCUGGCAGCGGGAGUGCCGCUGGUGCAGCUGGUGCUGGCGGGAAUCUCGUACAAAUGAAGCCCCAGAGAGUGAAGCUACAGAUGAGAAUGAAUCAAAUGCAAAAGCUUACGUUUGCCUAUUCCCGGGCUCAAGAUUAUCCCGUCGAUCUGUACUAUCUUAUGGAUCUCAGUAGGUCCAUGAAGAACGACAAAGAGAAGCUCAGUGCUUUGGGCAGUCUGCUCUCGGCGACGAUGAGGAACAUGACAUCCAAUUUUAGGAUCGGCUUCGGAUCUUUCGUAGACAAACUCGUUAUGCCGUAUGUUUCAACGGUGCCUAAGAAUCUCAUCUCUCCGUGCGACAACUGCGCCGCGCCUUACGGUUUCCGCAAUCAAAUGUCGCUCAGUAAGGAUACUGACUUCUUUGAAAAAGCAGUCGCACAAGCGGACGUUUCUGGUAACUUGGACGCGCCCGAAGGAGGGUUCGACGCGAUCAUGCAGGCGGUCGUGUGCCGCCAACAGAUCGGCUGGAGGGACCAGGCCCGUCGGCUGCUCGUCUUCUCGACCGACGCCGGCUUCCAUUACGCCGGGGACGGAAAGCUCGGCGGUAUAGUGCAGCCUAAUGACGGCCAAUGUCACAUGGAAAACAACGCUUACACACACUCGACCCUUCAAGAUUACCCCAGUAUUUCACAGAUCAACCUGAAAGUGAAAAAAAAUGCUAUAAACGUGAUAUUCGCGGUAACAGCCGAACAGAUCAGCGUGUACGAAGAGUUGAGCAAACACAUCGAGGGGUCCAGCAGCGGCAUCCUCAGUGAGGACUCCGACAACGUUGUCGAUCUCGUACGGGAGCAAUACAAUAAAAUUACGUCAACCGUUGAAAUGAAGGACUCAUCGAGUGACGCCGUUCAAAUUGUGUAUUACUCAUCGUGUCUCGGCGGCAAGGAUCUCGUGCAAACAAAUAAAUGUGACGGACUCAAGGUCGGAGACAUGGUGGAGUUCACAGCAGAGAUUACAUUGAAGGAAUGUCCUAAAGAUCGAAACAAAUGGAAACAAUUAUUCGAAAUAUCCCCUGUGGGUAUAUCGGACAGUCUACAGGUGGAGUUGGAGUUGCUUUGCGACUGUCCUUGUGAACGGCCGGGACAUUUCGCGUACAACGCGAGUCCGCUGGUGUGCAGCGGCGAGGGCGUGUCGGCGUGCGGCGUGUGCCUGUGCAGCCCGGGCCGCUUCGGGAAGAGCUGCGAGUGCUCCGCGCAGGGCGGCGUGUCCGUCGAGCAGGAGCGCGGCUGCCGCCCCACCAACGCCACCUCCAGCCCGCUCUGCUCCAACCGCGGGACCUGCAUCUGCGGCGUCUGCGAGUGCAACAAGAUGGAAGACCCCACUAAGGUAAUAUCGGGCCCGUUCUGCGAGUGCGACAACUUCACGUGCGACCGCUACAAGGGGCAGCUGUGCUCGGGCCACGGCACGUGCGUGUGCGGCAAGUGCAGCUGCGAGCCGGACUACGGCGGGCCCGCCUGCCAGUGCCUCAAGGACACCAAAGUGUGCAUGUCGCCAGAGAACAACAAGAUUUGUAGUGGCAACGGCAAAUGUGUGUGCGGCCAGUGCGUGUGCAACGUGGACGACGACAAACACUAUUCUGGAAUGUACUGCGAGAAAUGCCCAACUUGCCCCGGCCACUGCGGAGACUUCAAAGACUGCGUCCUCUGCGAGGUGCACAAGCGCGGCCCCAAGUACAACCCCGACACGGACGGCUGCGGCAAUUGCGCGCUCCUGCCGAUCAUAGAGGAAGGCAGGAUCGAAGCCAACGAAACUCUCAACGAGCACUUGUGCAGUUUCUACGACGACGAGGACUGUUUGUACGUGUACGUCUAUUCUUACCAAGACACUCGGAAAGUGGUCAUCAGGGCGCAGAAGGAACGAGAAUGCCCUAAAAAGGUACCAAUCUUGGGUAUAGUCCUGGGCGUGAUCGCCGCCAUAGUGCUGGUCGGGCUGGCGCUGUUGAUGCUAUGGAAGAUGGCCACCACCAUACACGACCGACGCGAGUUCGCACGCUUCGAAAAGGAACGUAUGAUGGCCAAAUGGGAUACGGGCGAGAAUCCGAUUUACAAGCAAGCGACGUCGACGUUCAAGAAUCCAACUUACGCCGGAAAAUAAAAGUGUGCCUUCGUAAACUGUUCUUUUGUAUUUUAUGUACUAAUACAAAAUGAUAGGAUGUAAAUGUUCAAUUACGAUCUUUAUUCCGAGCGCCAUACAUUUCUAGUAUUUUUAUAGUGACGUAUAGCUGAAGCUUUUAGAUGCCGGCGAACAUCAAAAGAGUUGCCUUAAAAGUGUGCCUUUAAAGAAAUGUCGUUUUUAUAUUUAAUCUGUGCCUUACUGUCUAUUCGUUUCCUGUAGGAAAAACUAUUGCUUUCAUGACUAAUGUAUUGUAUAUUCAUUAAUAUACAGAAUAUAAGGUAAAUAUUCCAGAAAUAAUAGUAAAAAAAAUUGGUAUGUUAACCUAAACUGAAUAAUAUUUUGCUAUGAUAUAAGUAUGAAGCAAACGUCCCGUAUCACACGAGGUCACUGACCCCGUGCGACAUCUUAUUUUGUACUGUUAAGUUCCGUGAAAUAAUAAAACGUAAAAUAUUAAAUCGAUAAUGAUUUUAAUGUUAUCAACAACACUGUUCGUGUUCUUUUUUUUUCGGGAAAAUUUACUUUACACGUGACUUGUUCAAAAGAAAAGAAAAUCUAGUCUUAAAGCUACUUUAUACAUAUACAGUAUACUGUACUGUAAACGUUUUUUUAAAUAUUGACGUAAACCUCAACAAUCUUUGAGGCAUGUAAGCGACUAUAAUUGUACUUAUGGUUAUUUAAUUAUUAUAUACAAUUUUUUUCUACCGUGCUUUUGCUUUUGCUGUAGUAUUUAAUUUGUCGCCAAGAGAGGUCUUUAUCUCAUUACAUUUUAAUAAACGCUUCUAUACUUCGAUGUCUGUGUGUGUGUUGUAUGAAAUUAGUGAUUAGUCUGCACAAAAUUAAUUUAUAUAUCAUUAAAGUUUGUUACAAAAGAAAAAAGAAAUCCUUAAAAUGAAAAAUUUAAAUAUUUUAAUUUUCUCAGCGGGUAAACUUUGUAUUUUUGCUUCAUCACUGCCAGUAGAAGUAGUGAUUGUGAAAUAAAUAAAUAGCAAGAUUUUAAUUAUAUUUUAUAUUGCCUGCGAAUCUUUCAUGAUCUUAUUACGGUCGUCUCUGCAUACAGACGUGGUGAAUUAAAAUAAUGUGUAGUGCCAUUAUAUAUCGAUGAUUGUAUAUGAAAAAUAAUUAACAAUUUUAUUAUUGUUUGAAACAUUUUGGUAUAAAAUAAAGGUACUUAUAAGGUUGCUGAAUAUUAUUUAUUUAAAAAUAUAAUUUUUCGACAUACGAGCCAACAGCUUGGUCCCACUGCUUGCAUACACUUGAUAUUUUAUUUUUAUAUAAUGAGAGAUGACUACUUAUUAUAUUAUUUAUUACAUACAUAAAGGAAGACAGAAAUAUAAAAUAAAAUAUGAGUCAGUGUUUGGACAUAUAAAUGAAGCGUUGGCUCAAAUGUCGAUAAGUUUGACCAGGAUCAUUUUUGAAAUGUUUUAAAAAUGUGCUUGAAGAAUGCUGCAAUUUCCUGCGAGUGAUCUAUAUUUCUUUGUAUAUAAUUUAAUUCCGGUCUAAUAUAUUAUUAUAUUUUUUAUUAUAAUGUCUCAGAUAGUUAAUAAAUUUAACACAAAA